AAGGCUGUUGGGGUCCCUGAUGGUGACGAUGCUGUUGGGGGAGGAGCCCAGAAGGGCAAGUUCAAAUUUGAAUGUCAGGGACCAGUGCACUGUCAGACCAAGGCAACAGCACAGUGCGGCUUGAGGCAAGAUUGCCUUGUUCUAGAAAACUCCCAAGCAGCGAUGGCAGCCAUGGAGGAGCCCUUCAGCCUCUGGAUGAAGCAGAAGAAGUUUCUUUACCACUUCAAAAACGUCCGCUGGGCUAAGGGACGGCACGAGACCUACCUGUGCUACGUGGUCAAACGGCGGGACAGCGCCACGUCCUUUUCGCUGGACUUUGGGCACCUCCGCAACCAGAAUGGAUGUCACGUGGAAAUGGUCUUCCUACGCUUCAUCUCCCACUGGGACCUGGACCCCGGCCGGUGCUACCGUGUCACCUGGUUCACCUCCUGGAGCCCCUGCUAUGAAUGUGCCCGGCAUGUGGCUGACUUUCUCCAGGGCAACCCCAACCUCACCCUCAGGAUCUUCACCGCCCGCCUCUACUUCUGCGAGGACCGCAAAGCCGAGCCCGAGGGGCUGCGGCGGCUGCAUCGCGCAGGGGUCCAGCUGGGCAUCAUGACCUUCAAAGAUUAUUUUUACUGCUGGAAUACUUUUGUGGAGAAUCGUGAAAAAACUUUCAAGGGCUGGGAAGGGCUGCAUGAAAACUCAGUUCGUCUGUCCAGACAGCUUCGGCGCAUUCUGUUGCCCCUUUACGAGGUUGAUGACUUACGGGACGCGUUUCGCACCUUGGGCCUCUGAUUGCAACCUCCAGGAGUCUACACACAAUGGGACCCAUCUGC